AUGGCACGCGCGGUACAAAAAACUCGCGACGCGGCAGGUGCACAGACACCCGGCUACGCGGAUCUCGUCGACCACAGUUUGAAGGCAACCUCGAUGGAUCACGGCAUGCAGUACAGCUCGAUUUACUGGGAAACCAGCCACAGAACCUACUUGCCUUUCUGGGCCUCUAUGACUCAGAAAUUCUCCUGGAAAGUCAUGGACGAUCAGAUCCGCUCCGCGCUAAACUUGCCCAAGCCAGUGACCACCGAGCCCUUCGUUUUCUCCUCUGGGUCGCCCUACCUGCGCAAGUACUACGGCGAUGCAGACAUUUCUGUGCCGGUGCCGCUCAAGGCGCCCGCGCACUUUGCCUUCGUGCCCACGGGCACGCGCAUGCCCUGGGAAGAGCCCGCGCAGGCGCUCGGCGCGCAGGCGGCGGCUGCGCGCGGCGCAGCGGCGACGGCCUUCCGCGCGGUGCUUGAGAGCGCCUGGAAGUGCGACAUCGACCAGCAGCUCUCGCAGAAGAUGCGCACCCUAGCGGCGAGCCCGCUUCCCAACGCCUGCGAGGCCGCCAGUCCCAUCAGCUGA